UAUUUGUCAUAAGGGAAGCGAGGAGGGAUAAACUAGCUAAGCUUGCAGUUGAUGUGUUAACUAAGAUAGAGAAGGGAGGAUGAGCAGCUCAGAGGAGGUGUCCUGGAUAUCCUGGUUUUGUGGACUCAGAGGCAAUGAGUUCUUCUGUGAGGUUGAUGAAGACUACAUACAGGACAAGUUUAACCUGACAGGUUUGAACGAGCAGGUGCCUCACUAUCGCCAGGCCUUGGACAUGAUUCUUGACCUGGAGCCAGAUGAGGAGCUUGAAGACAACCCCAAUCAGAGUGACUUGAUAGAGCAGGCAGCGGAGAUGCUCUACGGGCUCAUUCAUGCACGUUACAUCCUCACAAACAGAGGCAUUGCACAGAUGUUGGAAAAAUAUCAGCAAGGGGAUUUCGGCUAUUGCCCCAGAGUCUAUUGUGAGAAUCAGCCAAUGCUUCCUAUUGGUUUGUCAGACAUCCCUGGAGAAGCCAUGGUGAAGCUUUAUUGCCCAAAGUGCAUGGAUGUUUACACCCCCAAAUCCUCCAGACACCACCACACAGAUGGAGCCUACUUUGGGACAGGGUUCCCCCACAUGCUGUUCAUGGUGCACCCCGAGUAUCGUCCAAAGCGACCAGCCAACCAGUUUGUGCCAAGGCUAUAUGGUUUCAAAAUUCACCCGAUGGCUUAUCAACUCCAACUUCAGGCUGCGUCGAGUUUCAAGAGCCCAGUCAAGACAAUUCGCUAGAACUCCGCUUUGACGAACACAGUGGACUUAAAGACUUUGUUGUUUACUACUUGUUUGAAGGAAUGGAUUAAAUAUUCCCACUGAAUGCCUGUACAGUUUCCCCAGCUCCCCUCUGUGUUGAUAGACCCUCAGAUUCAUUUCUUCUCAUUUAGUAAAACACUGUUACAGUUGAGCAGAUUAGUUUUUCCGCAUUAAACACGUACUCCUGA